UUUUUUUUUUAAACAAAGAACCUGAACACCCGUGUAUGUGUGGGUGCAUGCUGAAUUGUGACAUUUUCUUCAUACCCAUCCCAAAUUUUUGCACUUAAGGAUAGCAGGUAUUUAUUUGCAAAACAGGGGUGGAAAAAACUGGUGGUGGAAGCCCGAUUGUCCUGGUGCACUUGAGCUAAAGCAGAUUUUUUUUUUUUUUUUUUUUUUUUUGAGUUGAGUUUAGUUAGCUCUAUCCCCCCCCCCGUUGUUUUCAAACGUGUUAUUUGGAGAACAUGUCCACCACCGACUGCCAGACGAGCAACGCUACGGCCAUCCCGUCGAGCAGGACGGUGGCCAUCCACGACGCCGAGCACAUGCCCCAAGAUUACUCCACCACUCCCGGGGGCACCUUCUUCAGCACCACGCCCGGUGGUACCAGGAUUAUCUAUGACCGAAAAUUCCUGCUGGGGUGUCGCACCUCUCCUCUGGCCAAGACCCCUCCACAAGGUCUUCCAGACAUUCCUGGUGUGACAAGUCCUCCCUCCGCAGGAGCCAACGAGAAGAAGGCCAGCGAUGGCGAGUUACUGAACAGCAGCGGAGCGGCGGCUUGCAACACUACUGGUGAUGAUGCACAGUUUGAAAUGGACAUCUGAGUGGCCUGUCGUGUGAAACAUACCAACAAGAUGCUGUGAAAAGAGGCUCAGGGCAACCAUCUUGUCCAAACGGCUGUGCCACGAAGGAGUCAACUUUUCUGUCUCAUUAUUUUUCUUUAUUUUUUUUGCACCCAGAACAAAUUUGUGAUUGAAACCAUACCUACCUUAAGGCUCAAAACAAGUAUGGCUUCAAGUUGAAAAUGUACACUUACCAACAAGCCUGUUGGUCUAUUGUAAGCUAUGAGACAAUCAGAAUUAAAGGGACCAUUUCCUUUAUAAUUUUUCCCCACAAUAUGCAAUUAUUUCCAGAUGUUGCCUUGAAAUGUCCAAGUUACUGUCGUUGGGACUUAAAAACAAGUUCAUUUCCCAAAGAGUGCCAUUUUGAAUCUGAUCUGUCAGUGUUUGAGUGACAACAUUAAAGAAAUUACAAUUGAAUUCAA